ACCUUGCACUAUUCAAUGAUGCACCGCUCGGGCAUUCAUGCUGAAGCUUAAGCUAGUGUUUCGACAUGGCUCUCUCCAGUCGUGGCUUGUUGAUGUCCCUUUGCCAGGCACGUCUUCUUACGCAGAGAAAAGUUUCCCCUAAAUGCACACCCAGCUGCUGCUGGAGAACGCUGCAGCAACCUCAGCAUGUCUGUUCCAGUUCUACUCCUUCCAGAUUUGACUGUCACAGCGGAAGCACAGAACAGUCCACUACACAAACCAAGCGAGAGCCACACACACCAGUUCUGCUGAAAGAGGUUCUGCAGUACUUGGACAUCCAACCAGGCCAGGUCAUCCUAGAUUUAACCUUUGGAGGCGGAGGUCACAGUAAGGCCAUCCUGAGAUCGGUCCCAGGUGUAACCUUGGUGGCGGCGGACCGUGACCCUGAGGCGUUCCGCUUGGCCCAGCAGCUAGCAGAAGAAUAUCCAGGCCAGGUGAAACCAGUGCUUGGACGCUUCAGUGAGUUGAAGGAGCUCCUGGAAGGGCUCGGUCUGGGGAAUGGUAGCGUGGACGCUGCCCUGCUGGAUGCUGGCUACUCCUCCAUGCAGAUGGACACAGCAGAGAGAGGCUUCUCACUCAGCAAGGACGGACCCUUGGACAUGAGAAUGGAUGGAGACAGGUACCCCGGCAUGCCCCGCGCGGCUGACGCCGUCAACGCCUUGGAUCAGCGGGCGCUUGCGUCCAUACUAGCCGCGUACGGGGAGGAGCGGCACGCCGGCAAAAUCGCGGCGGCCAUCGCACGGGCACGCAGCGUCCAGCCCAUCGCCCGGACACAGCAGCUGGCCAGCAUCGUGGCAGGAGCGUUCCCAGACUCUGCUUUGUACUCUCGGCGGGACCGUCUGCAGAGGCCCUCGCACAUCGCCACUAAAACCUUCCAGGCACUGCGUGUGUUUGUGAAUGAUGAACUGAAUGAGCUGGUGGCUGGACUGGAGGCCACUCAGGCUGUCCUGCGGCCCGGUGGCCGUCUCUGCAUCCUCACCUUCCACUCUCUGGAGGACCGCAUCACUAAGCGCUUCCUCCGGGGCGAGGACCUGGCCGCCCCACCGCGGCGAAACGUCCGACAGUGGGCCCGCAACCAGCUCCGAGAGGCAGAGGAGGAAGAGGAGGAGGAAGAGGCAGAGACGGGGAGGGAGAGCAGUCACUGGGUCAGCAUGCAGAAGAAGGUGGUGGUGCCCAGCGAGGAGGAAGUGCAGGACAAUCCGAGGGCUAGAUCGGCUAAGCUGAGAGCGGCCUUUAGACGCUAAAGAAGAACCUUUGGCUUCCAUCCAUCUGGUAGCAAUCUUACCGCAGUGCUUUGACUGAGCAGAGAGGAGAGCUCGACUCUUAUGAGGUCUUUCUUCCAAACCAGUUCUGAGAUUAGCCCCUUAAACUGCAGAUUAUUAUAGAGUUUUUCAUUUUAAAGCAAUGAUUCAGCCAAAAACUGAAUUUACAUUUCUUUUGCUAAAUUUCAGUGUUUUAGGGCUUGUUAUUCUGUACCUUCUAUGAACUGUUCAGUAACUUGUAUGAAGCUUAUAUGCAAGUUGUGUAUUUGAGAGUGAACUGAAGUGUGGCUCUUCAUGCAAGGUCUUGCAGUUUAAAGCAAAAUUCCACCAGUUUUUCAUAAUUCCUCCAUAAUUCAAUUGCUGAGAUGUAAACAAAGUCAUUCAGAGUGGUUUUAUGUGAAAUGCUCCAUUCUAGAAAAACUUCACAACUAGGGCUGAGCAAUAUGACAGUAUUUAUAGUUAUUGUGAUAAAUUUGCUCAUAAUAUUUCACAAUAUGCUUCUGUGAGCAUAUUAGGGAUAUCGUCAGUGUGUCUAAAACACUAAGCAACUGCCUGUUUUACCACAAAACAAGCAUAAUUAGUCCUGAUGAACUGAAUUUGGUGCAGUGCAGUAUAUGAAAUGCUGAAUAAAAAUAAUUUGCACUCAAAAUGUAUUGUUAUUGUUUAAAUGCAGCUGCUGGUUCUUUUUUUUUAUCCAUUCCAGCUUAACAGAUGUCAGAAAUUUCUUCUGUGAUGUGUCGUGCCAAUUUCUUGAAAUAUUGUGACAUUAUAUUUUUGCAGUAUGGCCCAACUGCACUUCCAGUGAAUACAUUUUAAUACAUUGUAAGCAAAACAUUAUCUCAAAACUAUCAUAAAACAAUGUCUCAGGCAUCAGGAAAGUUGCUUGUAAUUACUUCUUGUAGGUUUUAGAGGCCUUACAUUCUUCAGACAUCUGGUUCCUAUCAUAACUGUGAAUUCCGACUUUUUAUACAACCCACUCUGAAUGACUUUGUUUAAAUCUAGAAGAACUUGAAAAAUCAGUGCGAUUCCCAUUUAAGAAGUUAGUAAGACUAACAGUAGGGUAUAUGUGGAACAGUGGAGUCCAGUCAUAUCCACAAAGGCCAGUGUGGCUGCAGAUUUUCAUUUCAAACAAACUGUAGCAUGCUUUAAUCUACUCAUUAAAUCAGUUGGUCUUAGUCUUGAAACCUGCAGCCUUUUGCGGAUAAGAUUGGACACCGCAGAUGUAGAGUAUUGAAAAAGUAAGAGACACAGUGGAGUCUUUUCCCUCUGAUCUCUUAACAGUAUCUGAUUUCUUCCUGUUGGUGAAAUUUGACUGGUAAAGUAUUGGAAUUGUAUUAUGUCUUUGCUUCCAUUCAGUAAAAUUUGCAUCUCUGCAAUGAAGGCUGUAAGAGUGAGUGGAUAGAAGACGUGCUGAGGAAUAAAUGCCGUGGGGCUGUUGUGAUGUAUUGUAACUGUGGUAACACCAACUUGUCUCUCAUUUAUAGGUACAUAUAAAAAUUUUAAUGUAAUAGGUCAUUUUGAACCAUUUCUAUUGGUCCAGUCUUGAAAUAUCGACUGAAUGUAAAGGGCAGCUCUUUUCACAC